CGUCAGUGAUGACGUUGGUGAUGACGCCUCUGUCAGACGCUUGUUUUUAAGAUGGCGCUACGGCCAGGAGCUGGGGGAGGUGGCAGCUUCAUGUACCCAGUUGGAGGUGGCCUGGGGCCUCCACAAGGCUUGAUUCCCUUGCAGCAGCAGCAGGGAUUCCCCAUGGUCCAGGUUAUGCAGCCCAACAUGCAAGGGAUGAUGGGAAUGAACUUUGGUGCUCAGAUGCCCCCUGGUGCCAUGCCCAUUCAGGGUACAAUGCCCAUGGCGAUGCAGGCCCAGGGGAUGCCGUUCAUGGGGCAGCCCCCCUUCAUGGGCAUGCGGGCACCGGGCCCCCAGUUCUCUGCGGACGUGCAGAAGCAGAUGGCCGAGGAGCACCAGAAGCGGCUCGAGCAGCAGGCCCGCCUGCUUGAGGAGGACCGCAAGAGGAGGCAGUUUGAGGAGCAGAAGCAAAAGCUACGGCUGCUCAGCAGCGUCAAGCCCAAGACAGGAGAGAGGAGCAGGGACGAUGCCCUCGAGGCUAUCAAGGGGAACCUGGACGGGUUCAGCCGGGACGCCAAGAUGCACCCCACGCCCUCUACGCACCCCAAUAAGCCAGACGCAUCACCAUGCCACUCCUCUGUCACCUCUCACUCUCUCACCCCCACUUUCCCUGAGGAGGAUGACGAUUUUAGUGACUUCAUUCAGGGUCCUGUCGAAGCCCCUCCCCUUCCCCCACCCACCACCUCCUCUGGCCCCUCCCCCUUGCCCCAGUCUCUUCUUCACUCUCUGCCAAUCACCUCCAGCUCCAGUUCUGCGUUCAAAGGCCCCUCCCUGGAAGAGAAACUGCUGUCCUCCUGCGACUUCCAUGCCAGCGGACAGGCUCAGGUUAACUUUAAAGCCCGCCGCCUUCUGGCCCAGAUGGGCCCCCGGGAACAGGUGGCAGCCCAGUUUCAGCCCAGCUCCAGGGCCCGAAACUGGGCCGGCGCAUCUGAUGAGCUGAGCAAGGUGUUCGCUGUGGAGUCGCCAGCCACCCAGGCUCCCCCGGCCCCCCCAGCGGCCGCUAAGGACAGCGGUGUGGCUGUGUUUCCGCAACAGGAACACAUGCAGCCGAUGUUGCCGGCCUGGCUGUACAACGACAGCCUCGUCCCAGAGCUGUUCAAGAAGGUGCUGGAGUUCAGCAUGACCCCGUCCGGCGUCGACACGGCCAAGCUGUACCCCAUCCUGAUGUCCUCCGGGCUGCCCCGGGAGGCCCUGGGCCAGAUCUGGGCCACGGCAAACCGAACCACGCCCGGCAAGCUGACCAAGGAGGAGCUGUACAGCGUGCUGGCCAUGAUCGGGGUGGCGCAGAGCGGACUCCCGGUGAUGGGUCUGGAUGUCCUGAGCCAGUUCCCCAGCCCACCGGUGCCCUCUCUGCCCGCCCUGGCUAUGGGCGUGCCUCCCGUCCUGCCCCAGCACCCGGCGCCCAUGAUAGCCCAGCCGCCCGUCGCCAUGGCCGUGCCCACAGCAGCGCCCGCCCCCAUGGGUGUGGCCUCCAUGGGUGUGGCCUCCAUGGGUGUGGCCUCCAUGGGUGUGGCCUCCAUGGGCGUGGCCUCCAUGGGCGUGGCCUCCAUGGGCGUGGCCUCCAGCACCGCUGCCCAGCCUCCCGCUAGCUUCGUGGCCAGCUUCCCGCCAGCACAGGGGGGCAAACCAGAUGACGACGACUUCCAGGAAUUCCAGGAAGCCCCCAAGGCGGGGGCAGCCGAGGACUCAUUCACUGAUUUCCAGGGGGAGUCUGGGGCCCCCGCCACCAGCGUGACCCCCUCACAGAGCAGUGGCCCUGUUCUGCUCACCCCAGUGUCCGGGUCCUCGUCUGCCUCGUCUGAUAAGUACGCCGUGUUCAAACAGCUCUCGGUGGAGCAGACCGUGGAUACAGCCCCCCCUGCCUCAGACUCUGCUGACAAGUACAGUGUCUUCCGAGAGCUGGAGCCACCAUCAGACCGGAAGCCAGUAGGUGAAGGUUUUGCCGACUUUAAGUCAGCCAGUGCCGAUGAUGGCUUCACAGACUUUAAAACAGCCGACAGCAUUUCUCCACUAGACCCCUCCGACUCAGCCAAGAUGGUCCAGCCCACAUUUUCUCCUGCUUUCCCUAAAUCUCACCCCCUCCAGCCUCAGCUUCCCGCCCCCCUUUCUCAGCCCAGAAACCCUUUAAACAUGGCCGACCUUGACCUCUUCUCCUCCCUGGCCCCACCUGGGCCCCCGGCAGACGGCAAGCUGCCGUCUUUCCCAUCACCUGGCGCCGCUCCUUCUGUGGCGGUGGCGCCCCCCCCCAGCACAGGUUCCAAGCCCUCCGGGGGAGGCGUCGACGAUUUUGGCGACUUUGCUCUCUUCGGCUCCUCCUCUGGCUCCCCCUCGGCCGCCGCCGGCGCAGUGACGGCAGGGGCCGGAUCUGUGGCCCAGGAUGACUUUGCGGACUUCAUGGCAUUCGGGAGCGCCGGCGAGGCCUGGGGAGACACCCGGCCGGGGGCCAGCAGCCUGGGGGAGAGACAGUCUCAGCGCCAGCAGCCUCCGCAGCACCGCGGCGCCCCUGACAAGUACGACGUGUUCAAGCAGCUCUCGCUCGAGGGAGGCCUGGCCUACGAUGACGCGAAGGAAGGCAGCGGCUCUCUCGCCUCGCUCAGGGGCGACGCUGACGACUUCGCCGACUUCCAGUCCUCCAAGUUCUGCACGGCGCUCGGCGCCUCGGAAAAGAGCCUGACUGACAAGCUGGCCAAGGAGGACUCGUCUUCCGUCAAGUCGCUGGACCUCCCAUCCAUCGGGGGCAGCAGUGCAGGCAAAGAUGACUCUGAGGACGCACUCUCCGUGCAGCUGGAUAUGAAGCUGUCAGAUGUGGGCGGGGACCUGAAGCAUGUGAUGUCAGACAGCUCCCUGGACCUGCCGGGCCUCUCUGCCCAUCAGCCCCCCUCCGCAGGUGAGGAACUAGUACGCUUGCUCUGGUGCUCUCACAAGCGCAGCCACAGCCUCGGCGAUAAGGAGAUUAGCCGCUCGACUCCAUCCCCAGCUCCAGAGACGCCGUUCCGCGACCGCUCCAACACCCUGAGCGAGAAGCCCGCCCUGCCCGUCAUCCGGGACAAGUACAAGGAUCUGACGGGGGAGGUGGAGGAGAGCGAGCGCUAUGCGUAUGAGUGGCAGCGGUGCCUGGAGAGCGCCCUGCAGGUGAUCAGCAAAGCCAAUGACACGCUGAAUAACAUCAGCAGCUCCGCUGUCUGCACAGAGGUCAUCCAGUCGGAGCAGGGCAUGGAUUACCUGCUGGGUGUGGUGGAGGUGUACCGGGUGACCAAGCGGGUGGAGCUGGGCAUCAAGGCGACGGCCGUGUGUUCGGAGAAGCUCCAGAAUCUUCUGAAGGACAUCAGCCGCGUGUGGAACAACCUGAUGGGCUUCAUGUCCCUGGCCAGCCUGACGCCCGACGAGAGCUCCCUGGACUUCUCCUCCUGCAUCCUGAGGCACGGCAUCCGGAACGCCAAGGAGCUGGCCUGCGGAGUGUGUCUACUCAACGUGGACUCGCGCAGCAAGGGCGUGAAAGGCAGGAUGGUGGGACGGCUGUUCGGAUGGGCACUGACCAAAGACAGUGACCGAAGAUUCAGGGCCUUCAACUCGGAGACGGACAACUUCAAGCUGCUUUACGGCGGCCACCAGUAUCAUGCCAGCUGUGCCAACUUCUGGAUCAACUGCGUGGAGCCCAAACCCCCAGGCCUUGUUCUGCCUGACCUGCUCUGAAAGAUGACCCAGGCCUUCCCCUGCUACCAUGGCAACGCUGGAUGCUGGUUCCCUCGUGCACAGAGGCUUGCCCCAGCUUGUCAGAGAGUGCCAGGACUUUGGUGGCGUAGCUGCUGCCAGUUUGUUUAAUGGUGUUUUUCUUCUUGUCCCCCUCCCGGCGCUCUGAGGCCACGCUUCAGCGUGAUUUUCAUAACCUGCUGGCAUGCGGCGUGAUGUCGUUAAAAUGCCCGCCCUUCCCCCUCCCCGCGGGCUGAAGGUCAGACCAUUAUUAUCCGGUGUUUCUUUCCCCUUGCUGCUACCAGCCGUGCGUCUUGGCCGCAGCGGAGGCAGAACAGCGCCCCCUUGAGGGUGGGCUGAAAACGGUGACGCAGGGUUUUGAGUUUGUCUGAGGGUUGGGGAAGAUGAUUCCUUCCAGCUAUGUAGAGUAAUUUUGACUGUCCCUGGACCCUCUGUCCGUCUGUCCGCCUUCAAACAGAACAGACACUCUGUCCUUGCCAUCUGGGUCUCCGCCUCCUUCCUGCUGUAAGCCGCCCCCCCCAGCUGAAAUUUUUCUGAUAUGUGGGUAUGUAAUGCGGCAGUUUUCGGUCGUUAGCUUUUUAAUUGUUACUGAACACUGUUACUGGGCAUCCAAGUGUGAUGCUGGCGUCACAAUAAAUGCGACCGAUUCUGCGUCGCACAUUCGCAUUACGGCAAUGCAAAGCCAGACCUGGAUGUAUAGUCCUGCUGAGUAUGUUGAUGAUGGCUAUCAGGGUUAUUAAUGAAACUCAAUGCCACCGUUAUCAUCGGUCCGCGCUACACCAGAGUUUGCAGAGUGGGCGAUGGUUGAGUUUAACAUUCCGCCACGCCGCCCAUGAAUGAUUACUUACUUGUACAGUUAACGCUGGCAUUAGAUUUGUGUGUGAGCGGAGUGGGUUCUGAAUCGUCUUGGUAUCCUGGGGACGAGGGUGCAGUGAGUGCUGUGAUCACGUUUGUGGAGUUCAUCUCUUACCCUGAUGUGUAACUUGUGCUUUGAAAAACUUGGUGUGGUGAUUUCGUCUGUCCCGGCUUGUGAAAAGCCAGUGCAGUUAUGUACUACUGUGUGAGGUCAGGUUACUCACGCUGUCUGCUGUGUUUGCUUCCUUUAGAACCAUAAUAUAUAGCAAUGGACGUGUCUUUUAACAAUAAAAAAAAAAAUUUAAAAAAAUUAUCGGA